AUGUUUGUGCCAUUUUUCCAUGUUGUUUAUAUGCAAAGGUCACAGUGGAAAGAGGUUCUGAGAUAGUCUAAUCAUGCCUUUACCCUCCCUGUGUCUUUAUCUGCCACAGAUUCAGAAUAUUGUGAAAUACACGAGCUAAUCACUGCAAAAUGGUGUAAACGGAGAGGGGGAGAAUCUAUUUGUAUUUGCUGAUAAUUUGUCAGCACUGAUUCGGAAGAAACUGAGUGAUGUUAUUUCCUAGAUUUGGACUUUCUGGAACACUUCUGCAAAUGUAUUUCCAUUCCCUUUGUGAGGUUGUCUUUGUUCCUUCCUAGGAUUUUUUAAGUCAUGCUCACUUCCCACAACCUAUAUAAUUUGCAUAUGUUCGUUAUUCAUUAUGCAUACCUUAAUCUAACCCUUAUGCAAACACUCAGAAGAUCUCAGACAGGUGUGCUUGUAUGGUUAUUCUUGAGUUUUUAAUACAGAUGUUAGUGUUUUCUGUCCUCAAAUGAAAGGGAGGGUAAGUUUGUCCAAAAAAAAAACAAAAACAAAACUGAAAAUUAAGAUCACAAAAUAAAAAUUAUUUACUUAGUAACCAUAUGCUGUUUAUUUAUUUUUGUAACCUCAAAAUCAAAAGAAAAUGAGAUUAUUUGUCAUUAAAAUAUCACAGUACAGAACAUUUUAAUUGUUCAAAAACAUGCUUAAUUUACUCAAUGUAAAAUAGAAUUUUGUAAUGUAUUCUUUUGAAUUUGGGGUGAAAUGAUUUGAUAUGUUCCUGACAGACAGUAUGAAGUUCACCAUCCUAGUAAUUUCCAACAUAAACAACCAAUCGUUUUAAGGCAUCUGUUUUAGAGGUCGACCGAUAGUGGAUUUUGCAGAUAUCGAUAACUAAGGUGGUGGAAAAGGUUGAUAACCGAUUAAUUGGCCAAUAGUUUUUUUUAUUUAUUAACCGUAAAGAAAGUCUUUCCUUACCAUGAUGGGCACAGACAUUGAGGCUACAAGAGCCGAAAAUGAAUAAAAUCCCAGCAGUUUGUUGUGUAACCAAAAUCCCAAUAAUAGCUAGGAAAAAAAUGACGGUGUGGUGCAUAAAGUGGGACUUUUAACUAUAAACAAGCCCGGAAUACACUUAUUUUGAAAUGACAAAGACGUGGGUCUGUUACUAUCCACUAUAUUUAAGUAUUUACCAAAUGAUGCUUUUUAUAGCCUACAUUCACUAGAUUAAAACUAUUGGCAUAGAUUUUUGCCAAUAUCCGAUAGUUCCAAAAAGCAACUAUCGGCACCGAUUAAUCGGUAAAACCGAUAUAUCGGUCUACCGCUAAUCUGUUUGGUGGUUAAUGCCUGUGUCAAUACUUUGUCACAUAUUAUUUUCAGUUAGUCAUCAAUAUGUGUAAAAUUUCAUAACUAUUUUAGUACCCACACAGAGUAUUAUAGGCCUUUAGAUACUUAGUUUUUCCUUUCUAUAUAGAUUUUUGUUUUUUUACCACUUCUGUGUUAAACUUUUGACCAUUCCAAAUUAACAAUCACAUCAUGCUCCGUUCCAGAAUUGGACACACAUUUGGUUUCUUGCCACUGUUUUCUGCUUUCAAACUACAGCACUUUUGUGAACCCCCUCCAGCUGAGGUCAUGCAUCACCGUUUUAAGCAUGCUCAGAACACGAGAGGGAAGCAGGAAGUGUUAGUACCAUUUCCGUUUCCUCUUACUUUCAUCUUGUUCUAUUUUCUCCUCUUAUGGCCCAUGCAAAGAAGUCUAUUCUGCACCGGGGUCAAACAGAGGACACAAUCGUCACGGAAAAGCAAACAAUCCUGUCUAAUGCUUCAGGGGUCUUUCACUGACCUGAUGUUGAACUCUCUUUGACCUUUAAACUUCAUUGUGAUCAUCUGUGAGUCAAACUGGGGGACGAGCUGAUCAUGUGAUGCUUUUUUUAAAGAUACCUUCUCUUGUCCCUGUGUAAGAGUUUGAGGCCUUACAAAACUCAUCCUCGUAUCGCAGAUCUUCCAGUCCUGGUGUGAUUUGAAGAAGAGAGAUGAUGCAUGGAAGUGUGGCCCACUCCAGUCUGGACUGCUUAUCGCACAUGGGGGUUUGUCGCCUCUUCUGAUUGGCUGACGCUCUUCCUUCCAUCCCCCUCAUGAGGUAACCCCGGCUGUCGCUGUUGAUGCCCGUGGCUGAGCCGUGAUGGGGCAGAGGGUGUCGGGUGUGGUGAAGUCCGCAGAGGAACAGGAGGCGGGCGAGCUAGCUUACCAGCCGGUGUGUGCGGCGCUUCGUAGUCGUAGGGUCCCAUUACCUCCCCGCUUAGAGUUGCUUUUGGAUAUGCCUCCUGCUGGAUCCGAAACUCAACUCCAGCACUCCUGGAACCCGGACGAUCGUUCCCUCAACUUGUUUAUCAAAGACGACGACCGCCUUACGUUCCAUCGCCACCCGGUGGCACAAAGCACAGACUGUGUGCGUGGAAAAGUGGGCUUCACUCGCGGCCUUCACGCAUGGACCAUUCGCUGGCCCAUACGCCAGCGCGGCACGCAUGCUGUGGUCGGGGUCGCGACCUCUCUGGCUCCGUUGAGGGCUGUGGGGUAUUCUGCCCUAGUGGGGAGUGAUGCAGAAUCCUGGGGUUGGGAUUUAGGGCGGGGUAGACUGUACUAUGACAAGAAGAGUCGGACUGGACCGGCGCCGUCAUACCCAGAAUUUGAGGAUGAGGAGGGGGAAGGAACGUUCUCGGUUCCAGAAGAGGUGCUGGUGGUGCUGGACAUGGACGAGGGAACACUUGGGUUCUGCGCUGAUGGGAACUACCUGGGUGUGGCAUUUCGUGGGCUGAAAGGGAAGAGGCUUUACCCGAUCGUCAGUGCAGUGUGGGGUCAUUGUGAGGUCAGCAUGACCUACGUCAACGGACUGGACCCUGAACCCCUGCCUCUGAUGGAGCUGUGCAGACGGGCUGCCCGGCAGGCUAUGGGUCGACACCGAAUCCAUCACAUCCAGUCUCUACCACUCCCACAGACCCUCAAAAACUACCUGCAGUACCAAUGAGACACCAAAUGUAGCCCAAAAUCAUCUGCAGUCACUGGACAUGUGCUCUGAAAUGAUAUGCAGGAUAGUAGAAGCUUUGUGCUGUGCACAGAUGUCAGUAGAAUUUGUACGAGAUGAUACUACAGAAUUGACCAGCCAGAAGAGUAUCUGGUUUUAUAAAUGUUUAAACCAAUGAUGAGUGUGGACUCAUGACAUUUUUCAGAGGAAGUGACUGUGAUGCAACUAUAACGCAAAGAUAUGUGUGUUUGUAUUUGUGUAAAUGAAAGUUCACGUCUUCCUUCAAAAAAAGCAAACAUCUUAAACUAGCCUAUGCUGGUCUUAGCUGGUUUAAGAUGAUCUCUCAGCCUGACCAGCUGAAAAGUGCCCAACACUCUUCUAUAACAGCCAACUGGUAGACCAGCAACUCUGCUAAAGUUUUAAGAAGUUUUUUUUUCCUUUGGGUUUUCUUUCACUUUAUAUAUAUAUAUUUUUAAUUUCACUUUUUAUAUAUUUCAACACUAAGGUCCUGGACAUGGAUAAGGCCUAAUAUUAGACUAAACCUGCUUUGUGGCAGUUCAAACUAAUGCAUUUUAGUCCAUGAUGUAGGUGAUACCAGAAAACAGGUCCUUGAUAUCUUUGUCAGUCUUUACUAAUACACAUUCACAGUGCCUGAGAUAUUUUUAUUUCCUAUUUUGAUCAUAUUUUUUUUUUUUUUUCCAAUGAUGAUCAUGACAAAACUGACUAAACCGGUUAUUAAAUGUUUUAUGCGGCUUGCUUUGAACUGUGACAUCAGUAAAUCUGAUUUUUGCCGGAAUGAUUUUAUAUGAAAGAGAUGUCUGUUUUUAUGUGACGGAUCAUGCAAAAACUCUGGAGAAGACAGCUUUGUUCUUUCAUAACCUUUUGAAAAUGUGAAUAAAAACAACUCAAAAGCA